AUUUUACAAACAAAGAGUGGCCUUCUGGGAAAUGGAGUCCUCAAGAAAACAAUGUGGAGCCGAAACUUACUCGUGUAUACCUACUGGAAAUGUAAAAUGUCUAACGUGAAUAAUAAUCUUAUCGACUCUGAGUAAUAUAUUAAACUACAUGAGUGAGUGUGUUGUAUUACUUUAGAGGAACUCCGUUUCGACGACGGGGAAAUGUAUAAACGGGAUUAGGUUAGCCUACAAUUCCCACCUUUGUAGCUCGUCGCCUAUUGGCUGCGUGGCGCUGUCAGUCAGAGGCAGGCUCUUACCCCAGCGCUCCUACAGUAAAUAUUUGUGUUUGCUCAGCCGGCUGUAAUGGUGGACGACUGAGAAAGGAAAGGGGAGAAACAUCAUCGGAAAAAUUGAAUCCCAGACCAAACACUACCGUCCGCGGCUCGGAAAUACACUCCGGCGAACAUGGAUGAACUAAAACAUCAAGUGAUGAUAAACCAGUUCGUCCUGACAGCUGGAUGCGCCGCAGAUCAGGCCAAACAGCUUCUGCAAGCGGCACACUGGCAGUUUGAGACAGCCCUCAGUGCCUUUUUUCAAGAGACUAAUAUCCCAUACGGUCACCAUCAUCAGAUGUUUACGUUCUGUACAGAUGAUAAAGACUCUGCAGCAAGGCUUGGUGAUAAACAUUACAGAUAUGUGACAGAUGAUCCACUGGAUGAUCAUAUCAGGAUAUGGUUUGGCAGUGAACAGAGAGGAAUGAUGACAUCUGUGGUACAUGAGGAGGACCAGAUGGAUAUAGACUCUGCAGAGAUGUGGCAGCAGCUCCAGUGUCGGCGCACUCUCCUGCUGGAGUUGCAAUGGUUCCUGGAAAAAAACUCCAGAGAAGGAAGUCUGAGGCAGGAAGAGGACCAAGGACAGUAUGAGCUGGAGCAAAUAAAAAAAGAGCUACAGAGCCUGUCAGAGAGAGAGGGGGAGCUGAGAAACAGAAAGUGUUUGCAGGAAAAACCAUCCACCCUCACAGAAAUUACAGAGGAGUCAUCUGCUACUGUCCAGAGCCCAUGUGAUGGAGAGCUGAGCCCCACUACACCUGAUCCAGGUACUACAGUGUCACCUAAAAGGUCAAAUACUUGUAAAAUCAGAGUAACACAGAGACUCAACAGUGAUUUCCUGCCACAGAGGUGGUGGAGGUGGAGGACCUGUCAUUCUCUCCAGCUACGGUGCAGUGUCCCACCUGCCACCAGCAGAUUACCACUGAGAUUCAACACAAAGUGGGCAAAACAUCCUUUCUGCUCUGCUACCUCUCCAUAUUGCUGGGGUGAGUCACUGUGUCUCAUUAGUAUCUACUGGGCUGAUCAUUUACAAAGAAUCACAACAGCACUGCAACUAUUCAUUUUAACCCGUCCCUUUCUGGUAUACAUACCUAACAGUAGUGUUUAAUUGUAUUUAACCUGCCACUCAACGGUUGCAGCUGUGUAGGUGGAUGCUGCCUGUUGCCCUUCUUUCUGAACUACUUUAAAGACACCUGCCACCUUUGUCCCUCCUGUCACACGGAAAUCCAGAUCGUCCCUCGCAUCUAGUGUCCACAGGAAUUACAACUGUUCCUAAAGCACUAACCUGUAAGAAAGAUAUAUGGUUUUAGGAUGAACAAAUGUGGACUGAUAACCUUACUGAAGCUUACUGUACUGUACAGAUUUACACUAGACACUAUAGAUUUACUAUUCAUUGCAUAUUUGAGAUCACAGAAUAUUACAUUUCCAAACAUGAAGAAAAUAUUAACAUUCAUAAUAUAGCUCAGUAUUAUUAAUACAAUUUUAUAUAAAUUCAGGCAUUCACAAAUUUAUAUUGCGAAAAUAUAAAAUUAAAAAAAAAUUUACUUGCAGAUUACUUUUGUGGUAACAAUUGUAACUAGACACUACUAGUUUAUUAUUAGAGUUUCUUUAUUAUUAUUAUAGAGAUUAUUAUUAUCAGUACAUUAAACAACGUAAUGUUACUAAAAGGGUUCUUGUAACGUCCUCUAAGAAUAGAAAGUUUGCUUAUAUCUAGUGUAAUAUCUGUGAGUGGAUUUUAAGGUCAGUUUAGCGUACUCACCCAAAUUCUGUACAGGAUAUGCGGAGUACAGGAAAGGCAAAUGAGAUAGCAAAUGAGUUGGUUAAUCAAAGGUCAAUACACAACAAUGUAUUGUGUAUACAGCCUUCACAGUUUCUGUAAAUAUGACCACACAUCCAGAACAAAUAGGAUUAGACCUAACUCUACCAAAUUCCUUAUGUGAAUACUGUAGAAUAUUCACAUUUUCUGUUUCAUAUAUUCUAAGCUAUAAAUGGAUAUCAAACAAAAAUAAAUAAAUAAAA